AGAAAACAAGCGCGGAGUGCGGAGUCGACACGGACGAUGCGACCAGCGACGAUCGUGUGCAACGCUCGCCACAGCAGGCAGAGCAGACUCCGCUCCGCACUUUUCCGAAGAUGCGGCGGCAUGCGCUCAGCGCUGGUCGGAGUGGUCGGACGAUCGCAUAUGCGGUCACGUGCUGCCCUCUCGGCGGCACCGUGCACCGUGCCGCCGACGCCGCUGACGGGCGGCCGACCUAACCUAACUCGACCGGGCGUGUGUUAUGCCGGCUCCGUUCUUACGCGCUCACACACGUACGUAAGAAGAAGAAGAGACGAGGCAGAGAGGAUGGACGAGGCAGUUACCACGCCGCCUACAUUUAAGCGAAGUUUCUUAGAUCGGAUCUACUGCGUGGAGUUCUCGCCGUACGAGUGGUCUCAGCAUUUAAUCUGCAUCGCUCUCACCAAAGAGAUUGUCGUCGGUACCGUCAGAUUUCAGGAUGAAGACGAUGCAGUGGAAGAUAUAGCAUACAAUCCCAUCAGAACGUUUCAUCAUGAUGCCAGGCCCCACGCGAUCGCCUGGAGUCCAGAGACCUCCCUGAGUAUCGUCCCUAAGAUCCUCACGUUCUGCGUCGCUGGAUCAGAUUUCAAAAUAAGAUUGUACAAUAGCAAUUUAAAUGACAUCAACAUGUAUGAGAUUUUAGAAGGUCACAAAGAUUAUACAAAUGCAAUCUCCUAUGAGCCAGAAGGAGAACUGUUGGCAUCAGUCUCUGACGAUCAUACGUGUAAGCUGUGGGCAGUUAAAGAAAACCAAAAGUGUGUGUCUACAUUUUUUCUGACAUCACCUGGUAUCAGUGUCUGUUGGCAUAGUGAAGAGUCCGGCAAGCUCUUGGUAGCUGAAAAGAACGGUUUGAUACGUAUGUACAAUGUCAGAAGUCAACAAGCAAUUAUGUCUCUUGACUCUGGAGCUGUUCCCUUGACUGCAGCAGACUGGGGACCUAAUCCUUUGAAAGUCGUAUCGAUGGCUGCUGGAGAAUUGCUACUUUGGGAUGUAUCCAGACCAAGUCGUCCACUCGAUGAGCGAACGCUUCAUGUGGAAGGUGGUCUUACGGUAAAGAUCUCGCACGCGAAUGAAAAUCUGGUAUCAAGUAUAGGAUGGCCAGAUAACUUACUGAAAGUUUUUAAUUUAAGAUCAAAAGUAGUUGUAUUAUGUGGAAAAGUGAAGUUAAUUGGCGGUAUGACAUGGCAUUAUAAAUUACCCUAUGUUUGCGCGGGAAGUGACAGAGACUUAUGUUUCUGGAGAAUAAAUAUAAAUUAAGAUUCAUUGAA